AUGAUGAAUGAAUGUAAAAGGUACUUGAAAAUCAUUGGAUAUAUGAAAAAUGAACUUUUUAUGUUAAUUAUGAAAAGAGUUAUUGAACACUCUUUCAAGAAUAGUGUUGGUGGUGUAAGAGUGUGUGUAUGUGGUGGUAGUAUAUUUGUAAACUAUCAACGAAUGAAUAGCGAUCAAGAAGACUUGGAUAAUUUAAUUUGA